CGUUUAGUUCAAAAUUUCGUUACGUAUGAAAUUCAAAAUUAGUUACGAUCUUUCAUUUCCGGCCCAGCGUUCCUCAAUAUAGCCACAAAAAAAAAAACAAGCAAAACAAAACAAAAAAUAAAAGGAAAGAAAAAAACGAGUAAAGUUGCAAUCGAAAAACGCAUUCAAACUGUUUGAUAUUCACGGAUUUGUUUGUCGUUUUCCACUGGUUACCGAUGAUCUUUCAACUUCAUCUGCAGUUUUAUUUGCUGCGCCAGUGCCAGAUCCGUGUCUACUUUCUGCGCCUGCGUCUCAACAUUGUGAAUCAGGAGGAACCCAUCGAGGCAAUUGACAGCCAAUAAUAAGAUUAACAAUGUCGAGUCAUAGAUAUCGCACCACGACCAUUGAGUAUUACGAGUAUCUAAUGCCCGAUCCGGUUGAAUCGAUCAUGUUUUUACCUUACAAUGCGGCUAACAAUUAUUUGGUAAUGCCCGAGGAGAACUGUUACCAGCAAGAGCAAGAGGUCAUUGGCAAUGUGUGCCACAUGGUUCAAUGGUAUCAGCGACCGACCUUCAUUCAAUAUGAAUCGGAUCACAACGAAUGCCAUUGCCAUCACUCGCUACCCAAUCCCGGACACGAGCAUGAGCACGAGGAUGAGGAUGAGCGUGAAACUGUGGAGAAUGUGAGGCAAUCAUCACCAGCAGUGUCAAAACCCAAAAGCAAACAAAAUCAUGUCUAUCAAGCAGAGCAAGGCUACCUGGUGGAGGAGCCGGCAAGUGAAUCUUCCGAGGAGGAGGAGGCGGAGGAGGAGAAGAAACAAGACGAGGGUCAAGCGAACACAUCACAGACCUCAAAUAAAAACGAUUGAAUUUUGAGUUCCUCUUGCCAGUUGUGUUAGUCUACGAUUCGACAGAACCUGGAAGGCAUGUUUGAUGGUAUAUAGUGUCAAAACCUAUAUGUCUAUGCAUAUUUUAUAUAUAUUUUGCCCAAUUGUGGUAUCUUGUUGCAUCUUCAAAUAAAAAAAACAUAUAUUUUUUACCUUA